AUGUUGCCACUUGCUUGGGCAGUAGUUAAAAAGAAUAACAAACACACAUGGACUAUGUUUGUCAAGUGCAUAAGGGAUGAUUUGGGACUUGGAGAUGAUGAAUGUCUCACUUUGAUUAAAGACAUGGAAAAGGCCAUAACAAGAGAGGGUGUCCUCAAAGAGAAGGUGUUGAAUCAUCAACAAGACAAAGUACACCCAUCACCUACUGCAUCAGCAAGGGAAAAACCAACAGGUUCAGGCAAGGGAAGAGUCAAACCAAAGAAAACACUAGAAAGACCCAAAAAAGCAUCAUCAGUAGCACCUAGUGCACCUCCCCUACCUAUUGCACCUACUAAUUUUCAUGCAUCCGUUUCUGCUCCUCCUACUUAUCAUGCAUCAUCUUCAUUAGCUGGUACUACUAAAAGAGGAAGAGGUAGGGGCAGGGGAAACACAUCUCCAGAGAAAUACCAAGAGUCAUGGAAUGGGUAUGAAAUUAUUGGAAUUGUAAUUAAGGUGGGAAGCAAUGUGUCAAAGUUCAAGGUAGGUGAAAGAGUAGGAGUUGGAUAUGUGGCUGCUACAUGUUUGGAUUGUGAGCUUUGCAAUAGCUUCCAAGAGAACUAUUGUGACCAAAUGAAACCUGUCUAUAAUAGCAUUCAUUGGGAUGACACUCCCACCUAUGGUGGUUACUCCACAAUCAUGGUUGCUGAUCACAGAUAUGUAGUGCACAUACCAGAUAGCUUGCCUAUGGAUAGAGCAGCACCACUAAUGGGAGCUGGCUUGACAGUGUACACUGCCAUGAAAAAUAGCAACUUAUUUGAGUCACCAGGCAAACAUAUGGCUGUAAUAGGUUUAGGUGGUGUUGGGCAUAUGGCUAUCAAAUUUGGGAAGGCUUUUGGUCAUCAUGUUACUGUUAUUAGCACCUCUCCUUCUAAAGAAAAAGAUGCCAAAGAGAAAUUGGAUGCUGAUGGCUUUAUCUUGAGCACUGACCUCAAACAAAUGCAGUUCGUACUUAUUGUUUCUUUUUCCCUUUUCACCCUUUUUGGUGGUUGGCAGAGGAACAGAAGAAGUUUAGAUUUUAUUAUUGACACAGUAUCAGCAAAGCAUUCUUUAGGGCCUUAUCUUGAGCUCCUAAAAGUGAAUGGAACUAUAUCAAUUGUGGGAGAACCAGCUCAGCCAAUUGAAGUCCUAGCUACACCUUUGAUCUAUGGCAAAAAAGUUGUUAGGGGUAGCAUUAUUGGAAGUGUGAAGGAGUUACAAGAGAUGAUGAAUUUUUGUGGCAAACACAACAUCUUGUGUGAGAUAGAGCUUGUUACAAUUGACAAAAUUAAUGAAGCCUUUGAUAGGCUUUCCAAGAAUGAUGUUAAGUUUCGAUUUGUCCUCAAUGUAGCUGCCCACCAAUAUUCCUCAAGGCUUUAGAAACUACAUUUCUUGUUCAAGUAUUGUUUGAAAUUGUUAUUGUAAGUUAUUCUUAUGUAUCUCUACUUUUUGCAUCUUAAA